AUGCAGCAACAGCAGCAGCAGAAGCGGCAGCAGACGCGGCAGCGUCUGUGGAAACAACUGCAGCGGCAAGAAAUGCAGCAGCAACUGAAGCAGCACAAAAAGCAGGUGGGGCAGAGGCAGCAGCAGCAGCAGUCGCGGCAGCAGCAGCUGAAGCAGCAGAGGAAGUGUCAGCAGCAGCGGGAACGGAAGCCUCUGUCGCAGCAGCAGCAGAAGAAGCAGCAGCAGCCGAAAAGGCUGCAGCAGUGA